AUGGACGUCGUCGCGGCCGCCUCGGGGUACAUCUCCAAGAUGGUCACCGUGGGCGAGUCCGCAGGAGCUUCGUCAUCCAAGAUGAAGAUCUUGCUUCUUGAUAGUGAGACAGUUCCUAUUGUUUCGACCGCCAUUACCCAGUCCGCCCUCCUGAAUCAUGAGGUCUACCUCAUCGACCGCUUAGACAAUGCCGCGCGCGAGAAGAUGCGACAUCUGCGAUGUCUGUGUUUCGUGCGCCCAUCACCUACCUCUAUUCAAUUUUUGAUUGACGAGCUUCGAGAACCUAAAUACGGCGAAUAUUACAUCUACCUUAGCAACAUCAUCCGCAAAUCCGCCCUCGAGCGACUUGCAGAAGCGGAUAGCCACGAGGUCGUCCAGUCGGUCCAGGAACAAUUUGCCGACUUCCUUGUAAUCAACCCGGACCUUUGCUCUCUGGGGAUGGGCUUCCCAUUGCAACGGAUAUGGAGCCAUUCGCCGGACUUAUGGAACCCGGAUUCACUACAAAGAGCCACAGAGGGGGUCCUGGCGCUGCUUCUCGCGUUGAAGAAGAAUCCACUUAUUCGCUAUGAGAAGAACAGUCUAUUGGCCCGGAAAUUAGCCACAGAGGUCCGGUACCACAUCACACAGGAGGAGCAGCUAUUUAACUUCCGCCGGACGGAUACACCGCCUAUCCUGCUCGUUCUUGACCGCCGCGAUGAUCCCAUCACUCCGUUGCUAACCCAAUGGACGUACCAGGCGAUGGUGCAUGAAAUGCUUGGCAUCAACAAUGGCCGCGUGGAUCUGCAGGAUGUGCCAGAUAUUCGACCAGAACUGAAAGAGAUUGUCUUGGCUCAGGACCAGGAUCCAUUCUUCAAGAAGAAUAUGUAUCAGAACUUUGGUGAUUUGGGCCAGAACAUUAAAGAAUAUGUGGAGCAGUACCAAACCAAAACUCAAAGCACUGCGAAUAUCGAGUCCAUUGCGGACAUGAAACGUUUCGUGGAGGAUUAUCCCGAAUUCCGCAAGUUGGCAGGUAAUGUGAGCAAACACGUUACCCUGGUGGGCGAACUUAGUCGGCGUGUCGGCGAGAACACCCUUCUCGACGUGAGUGAGUUGGAGCAGAGCUUGGCAUGCAAUGAUAACCACUCCAAUGAUCUUAGGUCACUGCAACGAAUCAUCGCGCUGCCAAAUGUGCCCUCAGAUAAUAAGCUGCGCCUGGUGGCUCUCUACGCCCUUCGCUAUGAGAAGCAACCCAACAGCGCGCUGCCAAUUCUCCUUGAUCUCCUCGUCACAGCAGGCGAAGUCCCAUCUAACCACGUAAAUAUUAUCCCCAAGCUCCUCACCUAUCACCACUCGCUCCAAGCCCCACCAGUCGCAGGCGGGUUCUCCGACCUCUUUGAAUCAACCUCCUUCUUCUCCGGCGCAAGCAGCCGCUUCAAGGGCCUUAAAGGUGUCGAGAAUGUCUACACUCAACACUCUCCCCGACUGGAAGUGACUCUUCAGAAUCUGAUCAAAGGCCGCCUGAAGGAACUGCAAUACCCCUUCCUCGAGGGCAGUGGACACACGCGGGACAAGCCGCAAGACAUAAUCAUAUUUAUGGUUGGUGGUACCACGUAUGAGGAGGCCAAGAUGGUAGCGCAGGUCAAUGCCAGCUCCCCGGGUGUGCGAGUCGUUCUCGGCGGCACUUCCAUUCACAACAGUACAACCUUUUUGGAAGAGGUUAACGAUGCAGUGGGCAGCUGGCCAGAGCCAGAACCCACGACAGCUGCAGGACGGCUGCGACGGGAGCGCUCCGUAGAGAGACAGACCCCAAAUGCGGAGAGAUUCAUCUUCCUCCCUCUCCCCUCAUUUGAGAGCCACAUCAUGGAGUACAAAUCCCCAAAAGGAGGGCCCUCCUCUCCAGCAACCCGUGAACCAAGACUCCAGCUCCCUUCAACAACCGAUCCACCGGGCCCCCAGAAUCCGGCCAAACCCCUCAUCUUCGGCGCAACCGGCCACAUGGGCCGGUCCCUAGUAAAAACCGCCCUCGCCAAUAACGACCUCGUAGCAGCCGUCGGACGCACAUACGAGAACAGCCCCGAAGCAAUGAAAGAACUAGAAUCGCCCAACUGCAUCGGCCUCCUAUGCGACGUACGAGCGCGCGAGACCGUGAAACGCGUAAUUGACCAAACAAUAACCCACUUCGGCCGAAUCGACAUAAUCGCAAAUUGCUCCGGCUACGGCGUCAUCGGCGCCUGCGAAGACCAAGAUGAAUUCGACAUCCGAAAUCAAUUCGAAACAAACUUCACAGGAACACUGAACAUGAUCCAGCUAUCUUUGCCACAUUUCCGUCAGCGGCGCGCGGGGAGAUAUCUUAUUUUCAGCUCGACGUCUGGUGCCCUCGGCGUGCCCGGGCUCGGUCCAUACUGUGCUUCCAAAUACGCUGUCGAGGGCUUGAUGGAGAGUAUGUUGUAUGAGGUGGAUAGUUUUAAUAUUAAGGGUACGCUUGUUGAGCCGGGACAUAUGCGUCGUGAUGAUAUUGUGGAUUUGGUUUCGCCGUCUGCGAAAGCGCCGGAUCCUUCUGAACAUCAGCUUUCGGCGCCGUUGCCGCUCUACGGGCAUUUUUUGGUUAAGCCGGCCAGUGAGCCGUAUAAUACGACUACAUCGCCGGCGGCGCAUGCGCGGAGGAUGCUCAUGUGGCUUGGGGAUAAGCAGCCUGCUAGUGCGGUUAAGGCGGCGCAUUUGGUUUGGCAGCUUGGGCAUUGCUCUUAUCCACCGCUGAGGUUGAUUCUGGGCACGUAUGCGGUUGAGAGUGUGCGUGAUCGGUUGAAGUGUAUUAUUGAGGAGAUUGAGGAUUGGAAACAUCUUAGUUUCCCGAUGGGGGAGACGCAGCUACCCGUUGGAGGUGGGCGGGAGAGGUCUUCUUUCCAGGAGGGCGCUGAAGGGGGGAGUGAGUUGGGUAAUGAGUGA